AUGACAGGCAAAAGACGAAGGAUUUCGGACAGCGGUCCCCCAAUAGACAGCAAUGCCAGCUUGCAAAAUACGAUCCGUCGGGCUGAUCGCGGAUUCGUGGGCCGACCACCGGAACCCGGCACCCACGCAGACGCCUACUACCGCAACCUCUAUUCGACGGAGCCGGAUUUCGGGAAGCUGGGCCGCCAAGACCCAAAAUUCGGAGCCAUGCUCAAACGUGGAAAUCUCGACUUUAAUGAUCCAUCUGCCGUGAUGCAGCUCACAAAGACGCUUCUGAAAGCUGACUUUGGACUGAGCAUAGACCUUCCUGAUGAUCGUCUAUGCCCACCCGAAAAGGUUCCAAACCGCCACAAUUACAUCCUCUGGCUGAAGAGCCUGCUCGAUAGCACAACCUACGACGACUCCGAUCGGAAAAUCCUGGGACUCGAUAUCGGCACUGGGGCGAGCUGCAUCUACCCGCUUCUAGGAUGCACCCAGCGGAAGUGGUCCUUUUUCGCAACGGACAUCGACCCAAAGAGCCUGGAAUUCGCCAAGAAGAAUGUAGAAUUGAACAAUUUACAAAGCCAAAUCUCCAUCGUUGCCAGUGCACCCCAGGGUCCCAUGAUCCCCUUGAACGAAUUGGGCGCGGAAUCACUCAGUUUCGUCAUGACGAACCCGCCAUUCUACACAUCCGAAGGCGACCUCCUGGACUCCGCAAAGCAAAAGUCACGCCCUCCAUUGACUGCAUGCACCGGCGCACCGGUGGAGAUGGUGACGGACGGCGGAGAAGUCCGGUUCGUUUCCAGGAUCCUCGAGGAAUCACUUGUUCUGCGCGAGAGGGUCCAGUGGUACACGUCCAUGUUUGGUAAACAAUCGAGUCUUGAAGAGUUCGUCGCGAUGCUCAGAGACAAGGAGAUUGACAAUUACGCCGUCACUGAGUUUGUACAAGGCAACAAGACGAGGCGGUGGGCCAUUGCGUGGAGUUUCGGCGCGAUGAGACCGUCCGAGGAGGUCGCGAGAGGCAUGAAGGCCGCCGUUUGGAAGAAGCUGCUCCCUGCGGCUGUCGAAUCCGAGAUCAUUACUUACCCACUCGGAAAAGAGAUAGGAAAGCUCGAAGUCAAGAUUCAAGAGCUCAUGUCUUCGUUGGAACUGGUCUUUUGGGAAUGGGACCGCGAAAAGCUGGCCGGCAUCGGUAGGGCGCGCGAGAACGUGUGGAGUCGUGCUUGGAGGCGGCGGAAGAUGCGAGAGGAGCGUGAGGGCAAGAAUAUUGUCGAAGAGUCAACAGAUUCUGAAAUAUGCAGUUUUGGCUUCGAGGUGGCGCUGGAUGUUGGGAGAGAGAGGACCGCCUUUACGUGCCGAUGGAGGGAGGGGCAUGAUCAAGCCAUGUUUGACAGCUUUGGAGGCUUUCUCAAGACUCGCAUGGCUUUGUGA